ACUUAAAGAAACUAUCGAAAAACUUACUAAAAAAAUGCAAAAAAACAAAGAACUUACUCAUCAAGAAACAACAAAAUUACUUACUAAAGAACUUACAAAACCCACUAAUGAAGAAAAAAAGAUCUAG